AUGACUGGUAAGCAAAAAAUGGUGGCUGCUGGUAGCAACAGAGGUGGGAAGGUUGCAGUACAAUGCCAACUCAGCAUAUUUUUUUUAAAAGGUUAUCAGUAGUGUCAGGGAACUGACAUCGGAGCCAGAGGCGGAGGCAAGGCUCCCAAGCGAUGCCGGAGAAGGGCCCAGCAGGGGGAGAGGCGGCUCACCAGCUGGGGAAGGAAAUCAGUGUAACACCAGGGAUAAAGGGGGGCAGAUGGGGGAAUCGGCGAGGGGGUUCCGGGACUCCUCGCCGGAGAUCAGCGAGGAGAGCACGGGUCCUCCGCUACCCACGCCCUCCCGCGCAGGGAGAGUAGGAGGAGACUUGGAGUCAAACAACUUUUAUGCUGGAAAAGGUUUAAGAAACGCCCACUGACGGAUUCUGCUAGCAACUGAACAGCCACGAAGUAUAGGGCUGUCCAGACAGAAAAGGUUUAACAAGGCAAACUAGCCAGGAGUGGCACCAACUUGCGCACGAGUAACCCCCAUUUAUUACAAGUAGCACCUGUACACUUUAGUUAAGGGAUAGUUUAGGGGCGUUGGGAGUCCUGCACCAUGUGGAAAGCCACAGGUUCCUCCUCUGCUAUUUCAGGUAUAUGACUCCACUCACUAUGGGUGCUACUACUUACAGCAGUGGCAUGCAUUAGCCUUCCACUGAAUAUUUCUUUCCCAGAACAUAUGUGAGCUCAUCUUUCUAACUUUCUCUCUGUUGAUUCUCCACAAUAGUCCUUACCUAUCCUCCCUGCAAUUCUCCUUCCAUCUAUGUAUGCUUCAAUGAUGAGUUCCAUCUUUUCCCACCACAACCAGUGUUUAUAUGUAAGAACUUCGAAACAUUAUGAAAUUACAUGCCAGCAAUAAACGGGCAGCAAAGCAGUCAAAUCCCUAGCUGUAAAAACACCCGUUAAUAAGAUAAUUUUAAAGAAAAGACACUCUGCAAGUCAUCAUUCUAAAUUUCAGCAACUUUUACUUCAUACAGUUAAAACUGGAAUUAACUUUAUACUGCUUAUAAUUAUUAUAACUUACAAAGGGUUGGAUCCAGACUUGCUGUUCUAUGUUGAGAAGGGCUCCUUCCAUCAGCCAAAGUACCUCAGAUCCAGGUGAGGCUCUUCUGAACAGGAAGAAGCAAUUUUUGCUGAUUUCUCCUUCUCCUGCUGGCCAACUCCAUUGCUGCUCUAGAGGAUCCCCAACUUUAUGGAACAGAUUUAGGAGCGGGGGCAGAGGGAACCAGCAAAAAUCAUAUCUUCCCUCCCCAUUUAGUGGAAUUCUGUUCCAGGCAGAAAUCAGUAAAAUGUAGAUUGGGGGAGGGGGUUAAGAAUAAAUAAAAAACCAUCAAUUUCAGGCAGAACUGUAACUGCUUCCUGAAGCCACUUCUGUUCAGCUGCAGCUAUGAGUAGAGUGUGGUCAUACAAAAUAUUUUGAAGAAGUGUUACUUUUAAGCAUCAGUCAUAGGGGAAUUUCCCACCCUUUAGACUGUUGGAAACAUGACAAUAUUACAGACUUAGCCCAAGACAAGGGAUCUGGGGUGGUAUCUGACUGAGCAGACACAGCAUUAUUGCUGCAGUGAGGUGGGGCACCUUCUGUCGCAGCCAUCUGAGAAAUGCUAUGUGGCAACAGAUACUAUUUGAAAUAGAUAAAGUUCUUGGAAUUUAUAGCACUCACAGGGUGAAAGCCAAUGUAGCGCUAAAUGAAUGUUCUCUCAGUGUAAAGAUUUCUGCUUGUACAAUUAAUAUUCUCCCUUUCUUCUCCUCUGUACCCCCAAUCUCUUAAGGAGAUUUGGAGAGCGUGCAAGGCACACACAGGGGCAGGAGAUGGAGGGAAAAUCCAGUUGCACAAGCAGGAAUCCUUGCAGUAAUAAUACUGCCCAGAAUUUGUUUGGCUGCAUGUGUGCGGAGGUAGGGUAUUGGAGGUAGUUCUUUGUUUGUUUGCUUCCUGCAGUAGCCUUUUGUAUGGUCUAUAGAGCACAUCUGUUUUUGGGAAUCUACUUCUGCAUGUAGAACAUUAUCACUGGAUCAGAGGAUGACACACACACAAAAUAAUUUUCUUCAUAUCAAUUUAAUUUACUUUUGGGCAACUCUGGGCAAAACAAACAAUAACAAUAGAAACGGUAUAAGACAUUAGUAGGAAUUUUAUUAUUAUAGGGUGCAUGCCAAACCAAAUUUCUUGAGACAGAUUUGUAAGUUUUAAGAAUAUUGAAUGAGAUUUUUUUUUAAAAAAAAAGUGCAACACAUAUUCUCACUUUAGGGACUUAAGGUUCUUGAAUGUUUCCAAUACCCUUUUAAAAGCUUUCAAACAUCCUUGUCUCCUAAAAGGGUAUUUACUAUUUGUUAAUUCCCACAAGGCAUUUUCACACACUUCAUGAGUAAGUGGCUCGCCCCUCGCCCCCCCCCACGCACACCACACACACUUUUUACUAUGUUAACAUCCACAACGAAAGCCAAAGGAAUUUGCAGACCUUUGUGCAUUCCAUGUCAUAUUACUUGGGGCUGGAAUGCUGUGUCACAACCUGGGUGGCUUAGAGUAAAAUAAUGCAUUUCUUUCCCCCUUAAUAUUUGGAAUCCACACAUUUUCUAACAGAUCAUUUAUUCUCAGUAAUUCACAUUUUAUCAUAGCAAAUAUUUUAUAACAGAUGCUUUCCUUAUUCUGUGCUUGCUCACUGUCAUAACACUGCUAGUUUAUGAAGCAAGAUUAUUCCUGCUUCCUGGAUGUAGCUGGGUUGCUUCCACACUACUCAUUUCCCCUGGAAUGGCAGCCAAACUUCAUGUAAUGCUAAGGGCACAAUAUCUCUUUCAGAAAUAGUGUGUGAGUAGGAUCUGGAUUGGGACUCUAAAAUAGAUGUGCAGGAGGGCUCUAGCCUUUGCCCCCUACUGCUGCUGAUUUGUAUGAGGCCCUCACUUUUCUGCAAUUUGCAUGAGGAAAAGUUCCCAUUUGCUUCUGUGGGAGCUCCUUUUUUGCAAUGCAAAUUGCAUAGGUCUAAGAUUUAAAGAUGCAGGUGGUGCUGUGGUCUAAACCACUGAGCCUCUCAGACUUGCCGGUCAGAAGGUUGGCGGUUCGAGUUCCUGCAACAGGGUGAGCUCCUGUUGCUCGGUCCCAGCUCCUGCCAACCUAGCAGUUCAAAAGCACAUCAAAGUGCAAGUAGAUAAAUAGGUACCACUCCGGCGGGAAGAUAGACGGUGUUUCCGUGCGCUGCUAUGGUUCACCAGAAGCGGCUUAGUCAUGCUGGCCGCAUGACCCGGAAGAUGUCUGCUGACAAACGCUGGCUCCCUUGGCCUGUAAAGCGAGAUGAGCACCACAACCCCUGAGUCAUUCGUGACUGGACUUAACUGUUAGGGGUCCUUUACCUUUUAAAGAUUUAAAGCUCCCCGAUACCCCACUCCUAAACACUGGCCAGAAUCUCCCCUCCCCCAUUUCUUGGGGGGGAAACCAAGUUAAGGGCAAAACACUUGAUCAACAUCACAUGUAGUUUGGCUCUCUUUCACUCAGUUAUUAUGGGGAAUUCAGAUGUCGUCACUGACAAACUGCUGCAUCCCCAUGUUUUCUAUAUUGUACUCCAAUCAAGACCUGGUUUGAGUCAUUAAUCUGGCUUGCUCAGUGGGUAGACAGGUCCUUGAGACUGUUAUUGAUGCCCACCCACCUGCAUUGCUGGCUUGCCUCAUUUUGGUGUUGCUUGAAGCUGGCCCUUAUAAUCACUCAUAAGUUGCAUCCACCCCGUACAUUUAAAGAACAUGGCUUCCUCCAAAGAAUCCUGGGAACUGUAGUUUGUUAAGGAUGCUGGGGAUUGUAGCUCUGUGAGGGGUACUGUUUGGGGGAAGUUAUGUACUUAAAAUGUAUGAGGUGAAUGUAGUCUAAGCAAGUGUGUUUUUGAUUUAUUUUAAAUUUAAAAUAAAUAUUUUUAAUAAAGAUAAAAUAAACAAGCAAGUAAGCUCCCAUGGAAAUGAACAGGCUGAUAAAACAUAUUUGGGAUAAUUUUGUAAUAAAGGUCUAAAUUCAAAGACUUGGUCAAAGGGGAAAAGGCAGACAUCCCCUGGGUAUGCCCCCAAGGCCUUGAGUUUAUCUAAAGUAAAUUGUUAGACCCCUGGCAAAAAUCUUGUACUGUCGGGCUGUCCGAAAACAGAACAACAUAUAAAGCACACCAUUAAAUUGUUCCAGAGUUAUAAGAAACAGGCCAGGUUAAAAAUAGAUGAAUUAUACAUUUCAAAAGGCCUAAAAAGAAGGGCUGUUGCAAUAUUUUGGCUUUUAUCUCUGGCUUUAAGAGGCAGGAAGCCAUUGACAAUUACAUGUAGCUUGCUCUACCCAAGAAAACAGUAAAUCCACUUUCCCACAGUUGUGUCUUAUGCUCCCUCUAGUGUUUAUUUUUGGAUGUAAGCACAGGCAGGCUGGAGAGGAAAAUCCUGGAGUCUAAUCACAACAUGUCCCAUUAAUAGGAUUAAGUACCUUGUCAUUAGAUAAGUAGUACAUGGCAAAAUCUGUGACACUCAUGGAAAUUAGAACAGCAUCCUGCCUUGGUCUUCCCUGAAGCUUGAAAGAGGUUUGCAAGAAGACGCAUCAGAAUUUGUGGUAAAUAUCACAUCUUGUUGGUUCUAUUACUAAACAGCAUCUUUUUUCCCCAUAAAAUGUGCUGGCCACCUGCUAUUGCUGGGCCUACAAAUAUAAAAUCCAUGACCUACAUUUGUAGGUCUGAAUUGUAACUGAUUUUAUUACUAUUCAUUUGAUAUCACUACACCUUCUAAAAAAUAAAUAAAUAAAAACCUAGGUACAAUUACUUGAAAAGAAAAGGAGAAGAAACUAAUACAAAACUUUAUUUUUUUUGCUUAGUAAAACAAGAAUUGUGUGGUAUAUAUUAAUAAUAUAUUGCAAAAAGUGAAAUAUUUUACAAAAUGUAAAAGGGAACAUUAUGACUUGGGCAGGCAAGAUCCAGCCAAAGUCAAGCGGUUUAAAUUCACCCUUGAUAUCAGUGGGAAAAUUAAGCAUGUGCAUAAAUUUCCUGACCUGGAAUGAAUGGGACUGAAAGGUGUUUUAUUAGACUCCAGAGCAUAUAGUGGAGAAGGUGGGAGAAAAAAUAUAUGUGUUUUAGUCAUUAACUUCAAUAGGAAGUUGAUUACACUGGAUACAUUUUCAUUGAUACUGAUACCCCACACAUAUUACAUGUUCUGCAUUAUUUUAAAUAACACCGAAAACAGCUUUAGACCGUGGAAAAGCUAGUUAUUUUCAGGAGAGUUAAUGAAUCCCAUUUUAACAUGUAUAUUAUUUGCAAAAUCAUCUCUGCUUAGCAAAAUGGGAACACUUUUGGUUUUAAUUUUUACACUUCCUGAAGCAGCGAAAGAAUGGAAAAGGUUUUCAUUAAAAGUUAAUAUAUAUUAUUGGGAGGGGGGGAGAAGAGGAGACACUUUGAUACAAAAUGUCAGGUUUAGCAUCAUUUGAAACAUUGCCACAAUGUUGUUGCACUGCGUGUUUCCACUGUUAUAAGAUAUUGUUACAUACUAAAGCAUUUUACUACUGGCAGAAGCAGUCUUAAAACUGGGCCAUUCUUUGAAGAAUUUGUUGUUGUUGUUUUUUACAAAAUGCUGGGGGGGAAUAUAUAUUAUCAUCGCAGUAAGAAAAUACUAAAUGCACAAUAUUUCUAAAUUACCGCAUUUUUCGCUCUAUAAGACGCACCAGACUACAAGACGCACCUAGGUUUUGGAGGAGGAAAACAAGAAAAAAAAUAUUCUGAAUCCCAGAAGCCAGAACAGCAAGAGGGAUCGCUGUGCAGUGAAAGCAGCAAUCCCUCUUGCUGUUCUGGCUUCUGGGAUAGCUGCGCAGCCUGCAUUCACUCCCUAAGACACACACACAUUUCCCCUUACUUUUUAGGAGGGAAAAAGUGAGUCUUAUAGAGCAAAAAAACCGGUAAUCUUCCUAGCUGUCUGAGAUGUAUCUGAAAACCAACUCAUUAACCUUUUGUAUUGUACUCAUUCCUAAUGCAGAAAACAUGAAGAAAACACUGUUCUUAAUAACGUACUUAUUAUGUCUGAGGGGACAUCAGUGUGCACCUACUGUGGAGGGAGACAUAAAUUUUGUGGAAAACCUGAAAGGUAUGUACAUGUUAAACCUCUGUGCUGGCCACUAUAUUUCUGAAUAGACAAGUGAAUAAAGAAGCCUCGUUUGAACCUGGGAACUUCCUACCUCUUUGCUAGGGAGACAUUUUCAAGAUCACUGUAAACAGAUUAGCUAUCGCUUAAUCCCAUUUUACUGUCCUGCUGUAAUAAAUGUGAGCAUUCUAGUCCAUGCUGGUAAUUGCAAAUAUAACACCACAACAUGUUAACCAUUCUACACUAAUUGACAUGGACCACCAAGAUAUAUGGAUUAUAAAAUGAUUAGUAUCACUUCUAGAUCAAAUAAAUAGGGCAAUAAUACUAUUCUGUGCAUAUAGACUCAGAGGUAAACUCCACUGAGUUCAAUAGGACUUGGCUUUCCUGUCAGUCUGAAUUGCCUAGAGCCUAAAUUAAUGGGAAAUCAGCAAAACUCUUGGUUGGUCGUAAGCCCUCUGUAUGGAAUUAGUUACCUCAGUUAUCAAUCUGAUGGUUUCUGGGGCUAUUUUUAUUGCAAAGCCUGAUUUUAAAAGGACCAAGUCAUUUAAAAAAAUCAACAAGAGAAUCUGCAGUGAUAUUAACAUAGUCUGUUCAGUAACUAACAGUACAGUAAUUCUAUACAGUAACAAGAUGGCCUGGCUGAAUUGCUCAUGAAAUCCGUUGGCUUUUUGCCAUUGGGAAUAAUGCCAAGAUGCCUACAUUAUUUUGACAAAAUGUGUUGACACUUGUAUGAAAUAUAGUUUAUAUGAUGAGCAUUCUGUAACUUUAUUUGAAAAUUAAGGUUCAGUAAGUUGAAACAUAUGAUUGCUGAAAAGCAUAAACUGCGUAUGAUUAACAGGAGAUUCUAGUCCAGAUUAUCUGUUUGUAUACACAUUGAGGACAGAAGCAGAAAGACCCAGUAUUAUUAUUAUUUUUCUAAGUAGCAUGUGUUAAUUGUAAUUCAGCACCUAGGCCACAAUUUAAGGGAUUGUUCGUUAAAAUUAUUACUACUAAUAAUAAUAUGGCGUUUCCCCUCAGUUUUAUCUGAAGUUGGAGAGAAAUAUGUAGAUGAAGAGGUAAAGAAUGCACUGAUUGGCAUUAAACAGAUGAAAAUUAUGAUGGAAAGAAAUGAAGUCAAGCACACUGAUCUGAUGAAAACUUUAAAGAAGAGCAGUGAAGAAAAAGAGGUGAAUUUAGUCAUCACAGUUUUAGACCUGGAGUGACUCAAAUGUAUGACAUAACUGUUUUCAAUGCUGGGACAAAGGGUAUGACCCUUUUUUGAAUGCUGUUUUGUUACUUAAAUGGAGAUGUGAUAAAAUGGCAAUCUUUCUAAAUCAGAUAAUUGAAGCUUGGCGAAUAAGCACUCCGAGUCACAAAACAUGGGCCUUAAAGGAAUGCAGCACUCUAGUUUUCAGAACGUUACCUUGGACAACCUCCACAUAGAAUAAGUUGCUCAAAGAAAUAAACAUUUGAGCUAUAUGAUAACUACAUAUUUUGCUGCACGUGAGAGAGAGAAAUGUUUUUCAUGUGCCCAAACCAUUGUAAGUCAGUGCUUGUUUAUUAGGGUGGUUAGGAAUGUUGAAUAAAUGCAGCACUUUGUUAUUAAAAACAAUAUUGUUCAAAAUUCCUUGUGCAUUAAUCCCUUUAAAAGGAAGCAUGCAUGUUUUCUAGGAAAUCCUCUCCAAACGAUAAUAAAUUGCCAGGAGUCCCUAGUAUCUAUUUUGGAAUAAAAACAAGAGAUGAGUGCCAUAUGGUAUGAAGCUGAGGUUUGCUUACCUGAAACUGUUCGUACAGCUGUGGUUAAGAAGUAAUCACUCUCUAGAAUUGGAACACAACCAUGCUAAGGUGCUCCCCUAGCGGGACCAUGGAAAUGGAGGGAAGGAGAUUUCAGAGUCUUCAGGAAGACUAACAACAAGAAAAACAAAUGCCUUGGACUCAGGGAGUUAAUGUGCCUUACCAUGUUCAUCUUCUGAGACACAAACAAGUCUCUACUGUCAGCUAUACCCUUCUGCUAUCAAAUCCAGGAGGGGCUGGACAGCUGUUCCUAUAGUAUCACUGCUCAAAGGAGUAGCUGAGGUUGUGAUUUGCCCCUGGUGCCAGCUCUAUCGAGAAGAGCUGUCAACCAGUGGUAGAACACAUGCUUUUCAUGUUCCAUGUCCAUUCCCCAGGAUCUGCAAGUAGAGCUGGGAAAGAUUCCUGCCUGAAGACCUGUUGCCAAUCAGGGUUGCAGAUAACUCUGAGUUAAAUGUACCAGUGAGCUGACUCAUAUGGCAGUUUCAUGUGCUCAUAUGGCAUGGUGAUGGUGGUGGUGGGGUUAAUGGAAGGGGGAUAAACGGAGGGGAGAUAGCCUUGCUUUUGUGGUGCCUCCCCACAGGUCAUUGUGUUGCAAGAUCCCACCUGAUUUACCAUGUAUUUCUGUGUAUAAGACUAGGUUUCCCCCCUCAAAAAUAAUAUAAAAAAUUAGGGCGCGUCUUAUACACGGAUAGUCUCUUCCCCCAUUUUCUUAAAUCUGAGUCCCCCAAAACAGGGGGCGUCUUAUACAUGGGGGCGUCUUAUAGACGGAAAAAUACGGUAUAUGCUUGUUAGGCAGGCACAAAGGAAGCUGCCUUAUCCAGAGUCAAACCAAUAGUUCAUCUUUCUCAGUAUUGUGGAUGCUGACUGGCAAAGGAUCUCCAGGGUUUCAGGAAGGAGGCUCUCCCACCCUGCCAGGCAUUGAACCUGAGAUCUUCUGCAUGCAAGGCAGAUGUUCUACCACUGAGCUAUGGCCCUUCCCCAUGAUCUAGUUGUUGACUGAAGCAGGGGGGGAAAUAUGACUGGCACUAUCCUUGAACACAGAAAUGCAGAAAUCUUAACUUGAGGAUUAUUAAGCACAAACAUUGAAUGUGCCCGAAAGUGGAUUUCUGUUUCAGCAGGGGACACAGCAAUUCUGUAGAAAUAAUGUAUAACUAAGGCCAGUUUUCAAAACGCUGACGUGUAUUCUGAAUUAAGUAACUUUGUGAUCCAUAAGUUAUAACCAAUUCCUUAAUUAGGAAGCUCUAAGACUUAUGAAUGAGGUCAAAGAAAGACUGGAAGACGAAGAGCAAAUAUGCCAGGGGUCUCUGAAGAAUUUAUGGGACGAGUGCCAAUCUUGUCUAGAAAGUAACUGCAUGAGAUUUUAUACCACCUGCCGCCAUGGCUUCUCCACAUUUACAAGUAAGGUAAGAGGCAUGUGAGGGGAAGCAGCAUAACUGUAUAUAGUAUGUAUUCUGCUAAAAGCUAGGGCUGUGUGCAUGCCAUCAUCUUGAGAACCCACAGAGAAAAAAGGAGUAGAGUUGAAAUCGCAGCUUUCUCCAGCUUUAUUUUUAUUUUAUUCAGCAUCUUCAAAAGUCAGAGGUGGAGCUUUAGUGCAUCACAUAACCCUUUGCUCUUUGUUUUGAUCAGCAAAAGCAGAUUAAAAUAUAAUCAAGAUGCACGCAAAUUUUGCCUGGGUUCAUAAAUUAUAGGAGCCACACAGCUUUUCUUGGUGUAGAAUCUGAGUUACCUUGUUGCAAAGUAUUGAUCAGAGGGUUUGACAGUGUCGAAACAGCUCCUUCAUCCCAUAAUCCUAAACAAAAGGAGAGUAAAAUUGGUUGGGCACAGUGGGACUUGCUUCCAAAUAAACAUAGGAUAGCACUGUAUAUCCCACGGACUGCCACCUACCCUAAGUUGGAUCAGAAUUUUCAAUAAUGAUACUCAUUGUCCAAGUAAGACGCUUGAUUUUCUGGUCCUUGGUUAAUUUGAAAGAUAAUACUUGCUUUUGUGCAUUUCAUUUUAAGGUUAAAUGAAUACAGCUGCCAUGACAUAUUAGAGUAUGGCGUCUCAGCAUAAUUCAGUUAAUAUGGAAAAUUUGCAUUUCAAAAAGUUUGGGGUGCUUCCAUGCAUGUGCUUUCGAAACAUUCCUUUGCACCAAUUACCAAAGGAUGAGAAUUGGACAAUUUGCUGACAGGAACUAUUUUCUAUCCACACGCAGGUUGAAGAUUUUUUCAAAAGAUUGACUCCAUUAUCACUUCCUGUUUAUGAGCUUCAAGAGCAAGAUCUCCAGUUUAAGAAAAAACCUGGAGAAGAGGAUGCCCAGCUGGCACAAAUGGAACACUUGUUCAACCAGCUGUUAUCUGACGUGGGCACAAUCUUUGAAAAAAGCUUUGUUUUUUUCAAACGGAUGCAAAAAGAAUUUGAUCAGUCUUUCCAAAUGUAUUUCAUGUCUGAUCCAGACUUGACGGAGCCCUACUUUUUGCCAGCUUUUUCUGAGGUAACUGUAAGAAACCCCAUUCCCCCUAAAGACUGGGAGGCACCAGGCUUCCUCCAACUAGUUUUUGACUUCAGCAAAACUGUCCUGGAAGGUGUUGGUGAAGUGAUUACUGAGGUAUUUGAAGAAUACCGAGAGACUGCAAGAGACAUGGCAGAACAACUUAAAGGCAAGUUGUAAAACUCGCAUUUUAAUAUCAGUAGCAUUGAACCUUUACUGUAGUUUUUUGCAUUUUUAGGAGCAUAUCGAUUCAGGCUGGUGUAAAUCACUGCAAUGCUAUUGUAAUAUAUUUUAUAAUGUUGUUGUUGUUGUUGUUUAUUGCAUUUACAUCCCACCUUUUUCGCCAAGGGUCUCAAGGUGGUGUACAUCAUUCUCUCCCUCAUUAUUUAAUCCCAACAGCUGCUGUAUGAGGUAGAUUAGGCUUCAAGUUAGUGACAGGCCCAAGAUCAUACAGUGAUAUUCAUGGCCAAGUGGGGUUUGGAUCCUGGUCUCCCAGGUCUUAGUCCAACACUCUAACCCAUAGGUAGGCAAACUAAGGCCUGGGGGCCGGAUCUGGCCCAAUCGCCUUCUUAAUCUGGCCCGCUGAAAAAGGUUGCUGACCCCUGCUCUAAUCACUACACCACACUGGCUAUCCAAAAAGCAGCAAUUGUAUUCACUGGAUUGAUUUCUAUUCCGGUCAGGGGAUGAACAAACUUGAUUUCCCAUCCACCUCAUUUUAGGUUACUGACAGUUCCCUAUGCAAACAUCAUCAGACUGCCACUCUCAGCCUCAUAAAUAUGUCUGCUGCUUUUAAGAUGGUUGUUUCAUGUCUACUUUGAUGUUUAAACCACUCAAGAUCAUAUUUUACUUAAUUAGAUCUAUGUUAUCGUUAAUGUAGUGUACCAUGUGUAUUGUUAAUAUUGUAUGCAUGUUUACUCUAGAUUCUGAUGGAAGUGGAAUGUUCUCUAAGAACAUGGCCGACCAUGAGAGAACUCCGUGCAAUAAGCUGCGUCAGAAUUCAUCGGGAUGCCCUCAAUUUCAUGAUAGAUGCCAAAAAUGUCAGGAUCAUUUUAUGCGAGGUAAAUAACGGCCCUGUUCAUCACCAACGAUACUACUGUCAAUUUCUGUUUUGCAAAAUAGUCAUAACUAUUUAGAUUUAAUUGCUGAUGAAAUGGUUUUGAGAAGCCACAAAAACUGAGUCAAAUGAUUCAGUAAAACUUUCCUAAGGACAGAAUAUAUUGUAGUAGGUGUUUUUACUUGCUAUAGUAAAACCAGGGUUAAUAUCAACUACAUACAUGUCCAAAACUACAUACUGAUAAGCCCACAACAGAAUCCAGCUGCAUAGACACUGUUCUGCCACUUAAGACUUUUUAUAACAAUUUUGAGAAUAGGUACUUCUAUAGAUUGAUAAGCAAUUACACUUUUUAAAAAUAUAUGAAUUUUUAAGAAUGUUUCUUAAAUUUCUUUAGGAAGUUUUCUACAUUUUGUUUGAUUCCUAUAGUUUGCCCCGAUGUUCCUGAACUACAUACAAAGUAUGAUGAUGCCUCUAAGCUGGUGAACAUCUCUGGUGAGCAAUACCAACAGAUUCUCCAGAUGGUCAAACGUCACACAGAAGACACAGCCUACCUGUUGAAUAAAAUGAAAGAAAGAUUUGGCUGGGUGUCCGAACUUUCCAACAUGACUAUUGGACCAGAAAACAUUUUCAAUAUAGUAAAGGUAAAUGCCACCCAUUAAAAUGCCACUGCACAAUGAUCUCUCUGUUCUGUUUCACUGAUAUUUAUUGCUUCAGUACUGCCUAGGGAAAAUGUGUGUGUGUUAUUUUUGUUCUUUAAAAUACUAAGCUCUUGUGGAGGUAGAUUUUAAGUAUACUUGAUAAUCCCUUGAUGAUCUGAAACUCCAGAGCUUAGACACUAGCCUACUCUAAAUCCUUUUAGUGUGAUGAUGGUUAACUGACCUGUAUCACCAUCUGACAGCAAUGAAAUGGCACAAACUGGUUUGAAUUUCUGUAAAUUACUUUUCAAGAAGAAGAGAGUUUUGCUAGCAUCUGACAGGCAUCUUCUUUAGAUCAAUAUAACAAAAACAUAGCUCAGGGCAAAGGGAAUGUUAUAAUCCUUCAGGCACACAGGGUACAAGUCAUGCAGUGCCUCCAGUAAUUUUCCAAAAGGUGUUCUGGAAAAAAAUUCAAGUUCUCACUUGCACUGAAAAUUAUAAAGGAAAGAUAAAUUAUGCUAUAUUGCAUACAAUUUUACAUAGUACCCCAGGGUGACUUAAGAAGGAAAAAAAAAACAGUUGUUGAGAAUUUGUUUUGUAAUCCAUGGAUGAGGAAUUGGCAUUACCAAGACCAGGAGUCUAGGAGGUAUUGCUUCUGGUUGUGCCCAUCUGGGAACUCAGUGCAGAACCAACAUAUGCUGAAGGGUUCAGGAGGUGCAACUGCUGUAGUCUCUGGAAAUUCAUAUUUUUCUCUCCAGGACUCCUGGCUGCUUGAGUACCAGUUUGGAGAAUCUGUACCUUAAUUGGGCUCUGGGAACAGACAAAUUUCUGCUGCUAAAAAUUGUUUAACGCUGCAUUCUACUGUUUAUAUUGAUGCCUUUAAGUUUUGAUGCCUUUAAUUACGGUAAUAAGGGUAUUUAUAUACUGCUUAAUAAUAACAUAUAAUGCAUUGUAUUGUAUACUUUAUUUUACUCUUUUAUUUUUGCAAGCUCCCCCCCCCUCCCCAGAACAUAUGCUGAUGGGUAGCUCCAUGAAUAUGGCAAAUGAAAUAAAGAAAAGAAAUAACUAAAAUGUGGACAAUAUAUUAUCAAAUAUUAUUGAAACUAUGCCCCAAAUUGCUAGCUUUUUUCUGGGCCUCUGCAUCCCUAAUAGCUACCAUCAAACAGUUAGAAAUGUAUUUCCCAUCAUCAAAAUAAUGAUGAUGAUGAUGAUGAUGAUGAUAAACAAAACCAAAUCAAACAAUACAAUUUUAGAUUGUAUUUGAUUAAUAAACUAAUUUAAGAGUGGCACUUUAAUAUUCCUCCCCUUAAAACUGAGAAGUUCAAAAAAUGAUGGUGUGUCUUGAGGUGCCAUAUUCUCAUAUGUUGCUUGGUUCUCCUUCAGGUGUCAUCAAGUGUCAAAGGAGGUGAAGCUGCCAGUCCAAAUGAAACUGUCGUAGAUGUGAAUAUUUUGACUUCACCUACUUUUACUGUCAAGGUUCCCCAAGAUCUGGACACUGAGAGUUCAGAAUUCAUUGAAUAUGUAGCAGGGAAGGCUUUACAGCUUUACAAAAAGAAUUUCUAG